AGUAUAGUCAGUUCAUUUCGCACAGUUUUACCGUGCGGUCGUGUCGCUUGCUAGCGCGAUUAUUUGCUUGAUAUUCGGCACUUAGUGAGCGUCGUAUGUGUAUUUGAACUGUUUCGGUAAUUAGAAUUGCUACUAAUUAUAAUUUUCCAUUACGUUUGCCAGUAUAUAUCCGUACAAUGGACACUGAGGAGGUGUGCAGUGUAGUGUAAGUGAUCUAGUGAUGUGACUAUGCCCUCGGAUAGUGGUACCGCAUGGUCGCCGCCUGCCUCUACGGAGCGGCGACUCAGCAACUCUUCCGAUGGCAGUGCUGGCAGCGGAUAUUCCAAAGCUACAUCAGACAGCGCGGAUUUCCUCGCAACUCGUCCACACACAGCCGCCGUGAUCCCCGGCAAGCCUGCUGGCAACCCCCUGCAAUUUAUCAAGGUUGGACCCGCAGAUCUGGGCACCAGGGCUCGGGAGCAGUUGAGAAGAGCUGAGCUCGCAAAGCGUACUGAGCCCGCCCGGAUAGAAAGGCAGGAGGAGUGGCAGUCGAACCUAGACAAUUGGAAGUCAUCACGGCGGAAGCGAGUUGAGCACAUCAUUGAACGGUGCGUUGAGGUGAAGCGGUUUGAGCACGAGAUCAACCAGCCCCGUGGCAAGGGCAAGACAUUCAACGAGAUGCUGGAAGAACGAGCUGGAAGGAGACGGCGUAAUCAUCUCGCCUUAUAUACUGAUGAUGAUGCACACGACCUCAGUGAUCUUGGCAUUGGAACCUCUAGUACCAAGAGCAGCCUUAGUGAAGACUGUGACACACACAGCUUGGCUAGCGAUGGUAUGGAUUUGGAUAAAAACCACUCAGAUAUGGACAAUUUGUCUAAUUAUGAUGGUAACCGAAAAGUAAGAUCCAGUGCCAAUGAAUACGACACUAGCACGACUACGACUAUAAGCUCGCCUGAGCCAGAAGAAUAUACGUACGAAGGUGCAAUAGAAGGAUAUAAGUCCAGAAUCAUCUCGACUACAAACAGCAACAUUGUCAAAACUGUCGUUAAUAAUAACAGCAAGGACAAGUCUCCGGAAAAAUCGAAUGGUGAUAUACAUAAAAUAAGAACAUCUGUAAGUAAUAAAAUUGAAGAAAAACUUUUCUCAUUCCAACAAGAGAGAUCUAACGACUUAAGGAACAAUAAUCCAAAGAAAGAUUUACCUAAAGUCGACAUACAUAAACGUAGAGAACAGUUCGAAAGGGAAAACUCGCAGGAAUCCCAAAGUAACAAAUUUAAAUUGCCUGAUAUUGCGAAUAAAAAAUCAAUUAAAGAAAGACUGUCUAGUUUAGAAAAAUUCACAGAAGAAAACCAAGUGCAAAAAUCUACAAGUGACCUGACAAAGUUACCAACGGAAGUAAAACCCUUAAAAGAGCGUUUAUCUUCUUUAGAAAAAGUUAAAACCACAGAGCCUGAAAAAAUUAAGCGACUCUCUAAUGGAGAUUUAACUAACACAAAAUCACUACGGGAGCGAUUGUCAAGUCUUAAAUCACAAACUUCAGAAGAAGAAGUAAAAGUAAUGAAAUCUGAAGUGAAAGAGGUUUCAAUGAGUCUAAAAGAAAGAUUGUCAUGUCUCGAUGCAGCAAAAAAUAAAGAAAUACCUAGGAUAUCUGUUGAAGAACAAAUGAAUGCUGCGGAAGCCACGUCAAACACUUUGAAAAAUGAAGCUCCCGACGACAAUGUGUUAAAAUCAAACCUCACAGUAAUAGAAAGUCAAAUGCAGAACUUCUGUCGUUCUUUAGACAGCUUAGAUAUAAACGAUCAAACAUCUUCCAACUCGUUCGAAAGAGUUCAAAGUCUAGAAGAUUUAUGCGCGGACAUGCAAAACAAUACAAUCCCGAGUGAUAUAGAAACAGAAGAUAGUGGAAUACAUACCGCUAGAGAUUCUUAUGCACCUGCAGAUGAUAUCGCUGAUCUCACUCAAGUAGCUUCUCCUAUUGGAGAACCUAUGGUUGAGGUUUCCGAAUACGAAUCAUCGAAUGAGGAUUGUUUAACAUUUGACAGUAAAAUGGAAAAAUCUACAGAACAGCUUACAGAAAUUCACGAGAGUGAAAACAAAGAUCUCUUCAUAGAAGAGUUUGGCGAUGACAACAAGACUGAAGAUACCGACAGUGCAAGUAAUUAUACACAGGCUUUGUCACACCCUGAUGACUUAAGUGUCACAGAAGAUGUAACAGAAAUUCAAGUAGAUAAAGACGAUGAAGACACCUUAAAAAGUUUGGAAAAUCAAGAUUCCAGUGUAAGUUUAAAUGAGCCGGUAUCGGUGGGGUCGGACGGCGAUGCCGUGGUGUUUGAGGGAAAAAUGACCAUUCAUCUAAACUUGAAUGAAAUAUGUAACAACUCUGGUGCUGGGACCGCCGCUAGCGAGACUAGUGCAAGCAACACUAACAGCAACAACUCUACUAACAAAAGCAUGCCUAUGGUCAUAGACGCUUUAGAACUAGCGUUCAAAGAGCUCGAUUCAGAAGAAAGUGCAAACAUUACGAUGAGUGACACUGAUAAAUUGGAUGAAUCUAACGUAGAAAUAACCAAAAAUAAGGUGUCUGAAUUAGAUGUUGGUAACAAACAAGUGCCAGUGACACCAUUGUACGAAAACAUAGACAUAUUUGGUCAAAACAAUGUCGUAGAUGCGGGCACAUUUCCGCUGGAUUUACCAACAAAUAUAUUAGAGCCACCAAAGGAAAAACCGCCUCCACCACCAGCAGAAGAAAGUCCCGAUGACGAACUACUUGGAAAUGGAAAUUUCAAACAUGCAAACUCCGCACGUCGUAUCAAAAAGGAGAUUCGUAACAAACGUACCAGUUUUCUUGGUAUCGAGGGCCAGGAUGACAGCUACCUCGACGUGGACCUAACCCUGGCUCCAAGACCAGACAUCACCUCCUUCCUGCAAGAGGAGACGAAAAUAGAGAAGCUCCUAUAUAAGAAAACCCUGUCCCACGAUAUGGACGCAAAGUUGAGGGAUAGUAGAGAUUCAGGAGUCGAUAUUGAUAGAGGACCCUCGGCUGAGGCAUGGUAUAAGGGAUCAUCACCUGAGACAUCCACACCGCAUAGCAGACAAAAUAGUGAGCCAUAUACCCAAAUGACAGUGACGUCAGAUGAAGAAGAAUCUUCAAAAAAGAAAAAUGAAACAUUUGCUAAAGAUCUAACUGAUAAAUUGAGCGUCUUACCGGAUGAAUCGCGUGAUAAAAUCGAUAAUUUAGACAAGAAAAUACAGCAACAACAGCGUGAAAGUUUAACUCAUCCGCCAUUUUAUGUGUGUGUAAAUAACAAGAUGGCCGACAUGGUACAUUCAAAGGCUCGCGUUAAUGAAGAUUGGCACGAGCGCCAUUUUGACGAUGCCCACACAAAGGAAGUACUGCGAUUCGAAAGAGAGCUCUUACAACUCGAGCAAGAAGAAUUAAGAAGACAAAAGGAAAAUCUACUGCGUGAUCAGCACAGAAUCAUUCAGAAGUCCAUACAAGAUAUUUCUGUCGCUAGUACGCCAGAGAAGAGAAAAGGCAUUCAGAGCUACAGGCACUCAAUGCCAAAUUUGUUAUUGGCUGAGCACAGUCCUAUUCACAAGCCUCCACCUCUGCUAGAGAAUCCAAUUAUAGACGAGAGCUUGAAACGUAAGCCGUUCGUCUCAGAAGAACAUAUUGAGAAUCAUUUUGGUGUUGAAGAAAGCAGAAAAGUAUUGUUCGAUGACAAACCGAAGUAUGAAAGAAGAGUACCUGUCAGACCGGCCCAACCAGUUCUUCCACCCAAACCAAAAAGCAGAGAAUCUAUAGAACGGGAGAUUACCAUGAGGAGUAGUAGAACUCCUUCAGCUGUGGAGUAUGCGAAUAUUGAUAGAAACGGGGUCCAGCUCAGACAGAAGCCUGGAAAUGCCAAUGGGCAAUAUCACCCGAUGACCAGACAUACACUACAAGCGCUUAGUGCAGCUCCUACACCAAAAUUGAUCUCAAAUUCCGAGUGGAUGCAGAACCGCAAUCCUCCGCGACAAAAGCCUCCUAACUAUAACUACAACCAACAUUGGCUUGUACAGGAGGCGGAACAUCGUCGUAUAGAGGAGCAAAGAAACAAAAUGCGGGCGCGUCACUCAUACCACGAUCUUGCUCCGACUGCUGCACCGCACACGCCCAAUCUCCCACCCACCAAAAAUAUCACACAUGCGAACAGUCAACAAAUUGUGCAAGAGCGGCGUCCUAUCCGGCCCGAUAUUAGCCGUGACCGUCCUGAAGCAAACCGUGACGACAAACUUCUUAGUGUUAGUGGGAAAAGGAAAUGCUCGCAUUGUGGAGAAGAAUUAGGUCGUGGUGCAGCUAUGAUAAUCGAGUCCCUGUCGCUCUGCUACCACGUGUGGUGUUUCACAUGCGCCGUAUGUGGCGGUGCCUUGGGAGACGGUAGAGCUGGUGCCGACGUACGCGUACGACAUAACCGCUUACAUUGCCAUCAUUGCUACUCCACAGACGAUGGAGACAAGUACUCCAGGGUCUGAUCAAAAAUAUCUAUGUAAAGAAAAAAAAGUUUCAUUCAGAUUUAUAUUUUUCAUAUUGUGUCAUUUGAGAUAAGCAAAUCACGUGAUAUUCGCGGAGUUUGAAGAAUAAAACUUCUAUUUAAUCUGGUGUUUCAAAGGUUACACUAAUUUUAAUUUCCUUGGGAUUUGUUACAACGGCAUCUAGUGUGAUUAUUACUAACUAUUUCAUAUUAUUAAAACUUUGAAUCUAUUUUUUAUACUAAUCAAUAAACUCGAAUUACAUAUGAGGUCGAAAACUUGUUGUAUUUUUACAUAUGAUCAAUAAUAAUGAUAGAUGAUGUUAAUACUGGCCAUAUUGCCACAAUUUGUCACUUGUUUGUUAAUACUAACAUUAAAUAACUUUCUAGUUAAAGAUACUGUAUAUACUCGUAUAAACUCUUUUGAAUUUCAUAAUGCCAAAAACUUUCCCAUUCUUUCUAUUUUGAACUUGUCUAAUAUAGUAUAGUAUUUAUAGGUUUGAUAGCUGAUCCUUUAUUUAACUUCAACAUUUCCGUAUAUGUAUAAUGUUUAAUCAUCAAUACAUUAAAAUGUGUUUCUAUCUAAUACUUCUAUACCACAGCUAUUCUGCUACUUAUAUCAUCGAGUAUAUCUUCUGUGUAUUCUUGUGUCUUUGCUGAUGGCGUAAAGCAUGAUUUAGUUCUCUCACAAAACGUCUCUGAACUCAGCCAGUUCUGAGUUCAUUAUUGCACGCUUUUGUUUUUUUUUACUUUUGUUUAAGCGCCAUCUGUUGACUUAGCUAGUUCUACUUUCACAAUAGUUUUGUUGGUUAAAAAUCUUGAAUAUUUUCACGAUACUUCGUCCUGUGUUCAACAUAAGCUACAUAUUUUAAGUUUUUAUAUCAUUACACCGAUAACAUUGUUAUGAAACAUUAUAUAUAUUUUGUGCCAUGCCAUAACAUGUCUUCACCUAACCUUAAAAAUAUAUAUAUUUUUAAUUUGUUUAAGAGUUUAACUUGGGGGAGUGUUGUAUAUUAUUGUAUAUAAACUUAUUUAUGUCAGUGUUAAAUUAGCUUUAAUAGAGUAUUUUAGGUUUAUAUAGAAAACAUUUAUCCAAAAAUGUGUAUUGUUUGUUUUUCAUGUAAAAUAUUAAUGUUAAUUUAGUAUAUUUUGUAUCGCGUCUUUAAUAUCUUAAAGUUUUUUCUAAGAGUUCAGUGAAGAAACUAAUCGUUAUACUUAAACUAACGAAUAUCAUUAUCACAUUGCUUUGAGUAAGUUCAAACUAUAAAUUUGAAAAUAAAGAAAAGUUUAUCUUAAAAUAAGACUAUUCUAUAUGUAAUAUGUACUAAAUAUAGAAAAACCGCGAUUAGUUUCUAUAUUGAAGAUAAUUUUCUGUGUUAUUUUUGCACUAAUUGUAAUUAUGUGUACAUUGUCUAUGAGCCUUAGACGACCUGUAUAUCAAUAAAUGUUUCGAAUCUA